AUGGAAGAAGAAGCAGAGAAAAUUCGACAAAUGCAUUCCGAAGUGGAAAAGCAAAUGAACUUGUCCUCUUCUUCCAGCACUUUGAACGUGUCUUUGGAAGAAAAGAUUGAAGUCGAUUCAAGGUCCGUUUAUGUUGGAAACGUUGAUUACGGCGCAACUGCAGAAGAAUUAGAGGCACAUUUUCACGGAUGUGGUUCAAUUAAUCGUGUCACUAUUUUAUGCGACAAAUAUACCGGUCAUCCUAAAGGGUUCGCCUAUAUCGAGUUUGCCGACAAAGAUUCGGUUCAGACUGCGUUAGCCUUGGAUGACUCGCUCUUCCGUGGUAGACAGAUCAAGGUGAUGGUGAAGAGAACCAAUCGGCCAGGAUUCAGUUCUACAAAUAGACCGCCACGCGGACGAGGAAGAGCCCGGGUGGUUAUUAAGUAUAUAUACCCACCCCGACGUCGAGGCUCUUAUUCAAGGUGA